AUGGGUUGGAAAGAAAAAGAAGCUGCGAAACUCGAGGGAAAGCGUGUCCUCGUUGUAGGUGCUGGUGGAAUAGGGUGUGAAUUGUUGAAGAAUUUAGCUCUAACCGGGUAUAAGGACAUUCACGUGAUUGAUAUGGACACCAUUGAUGUUAGCAAUCUAAAUCGGCAAUUUCUCUUUCGUCGCGAGCAUGUCGGCAGAUCAAAGGCUGAAGUAGCCACUGAAGCCAUUCGUCAGCUCCGUCCAGACAUUAAAAUCACAUUCGAUCUCGACAGUAUUUUUAGUUCAAAAUUCAACUUGACGUUCUUUCAACAAUUCUUCUUGGUCAUGAAUGCGCUCGAUAAUAGAGCUGCCAGAAAUCACGUGAAUAGGAUGUGUUUGGCGGCCAAAAUCCCGCUUAUUGAAAGUGGCUCCUCCGGAUACUUAGGACAGGUCAGACCAAUCUUACGCGAUCGCACCGAGUGCUACGAAUGUGUGCCGAAACCUGCGCAGGAGAAAACUUUCCCAGGAUGCACCAUUCGAAAUACCCCAAGCGAGCACAUUCACUGCACAGUGUGGUCCAAACAUGCAUUCAACCAACUUUUCGGCGAACUUGACAUUGAUGACGACAUAUCACCGGAUUUAACCGACAAAGGUGAACGACCUGGCGAUGGCAGUGCUGACGAAGAAAUGGGAGCCCCUGAAGCCGCUGGAGACCAUGAGAAGGUCAAUGAUGCUAUGAAUGGCGUGGCUCCUUUCAAUGGAAGUGAUGGAGAGUCUAUGGAUACUUCGAACGAGCCAAAGCCAAUUAGCACUCGUGCAUGGGCAGAAAAUGUGAACUACGAUCCCGAAAAGAUCUUCGAUAAGCUAUUUUACGACGAUAUCACAUACCUUCUUCGUUUGAAACAUCUUUGGCGUGAACGUCGUCCGCCCACACCAUUGCGCAAGGCUUACAGUAUCGCAACGAGUGCAUCGGCUUCAUCGAGUGGCACUACAGACGAUGCCAAUAGGGUCUGGUCGUUGGCCGAAUGUGCAGAUGUGUUCUGCGAAUGUGUAACAGCCCUUAGUCGACGAAAAGCCGCCGCUGAGAAUAAUCUGCUUCAUUGGGACAAAGAUGAUGAUGAUGCGAUGCGUUUUGUGGCCGCAUGCGCAAAUAUUCGUGCAACAAUCUUUGGAAUUCCAAGGAAGUCUCUCUUUGAGAUCAAAUGUGAGUUUGAAGCUCAGAAGCCUUCUCGUUGGUUUUUACCCGUGGAUCUUCUUCCAGCUAUGGCCGGUAACAUUGUGCCUGCUAUUGCCACAACAAAUGCAAUUGUUGCCGGAAUGAUGGUUGUGGAGGCAGCGAAAAUUAUCUCUGGCGAGCUCGAUAAGCUUAGAGUGGUAUUUAUAAGCCAAAAGCCAAAUCCUCGAGGAAAGAUUCUUGUCGACCAGAUCCCGUUUGAGCCUAACCCGAAAUGUUUUGUUUGUUCGGAGAAGCGCGAAUGCCAUGUUCGCCUUAAUCCGGCACAAAUGACGGUGAAAUCUCUACAGGAUAAGGUUUUAAAAGGAGCACUGAACAUGGUUGAGCCCGAUGUGAUGGAGGCAACUACGUCACGCAUUAUUAUAAGUAGUGAGGAAGGGGAAACUACAGAUCUUGAGCAGAAAACUCUAGAAGAAUUGUCGAUCGGAAACGGGGCAAUGCUCACGUGUGACGACUUCCAGCAGAAACUCGAGUUGAGACUGAUUCUGAGUGAAAGCAAGAAACUGAAAGGCGACGAGUUUGAGGUAUUGAUUGAUUACUCCUUGGAAUUGUACAAGAUAGUGGAGAAGAGAAACCAAAUGCAGAGGAAGAAGAAUCGAGAAAGAGAAAGAGCAUGGCGCCUCCAGAUGAGGAAGAACAGAGUGUGGCAAAACGUGCCAAGAUUGAUCCAUAGAGGUGCCUUCAUAUCCUGUGCGUUGUGA